GUGGGGUUUAAUUUUACCAGCCUUUUCAAGCUCCAAGCCAACCUUUUUCUUCCCCAUCUUUCUUCCCUUUCCCCAUUCCUCAAAAGCAUUGUCGGACAAUUCAACUGUAACUCCACAGUGGUAAUCGCCAUGGCCGUGGACUUCGUCUGAGCCCCCCUUCGCAUGCUUUCACGUUGACUCUCGAGACUCCGUCACAUUCCACCUCCAUUGUUUGCUCUUUCGCUCAUCAAAGCUCGAAUUAUGUCGAGAGAGGGUUCUUUAGCUCGGGCGAGCCACUGCAAGGCACCGAACGAGAAUGAAUUCGAGAGUUCGUGCAAUCAGACUCCAUUGGUUCCAUCGCGAGCUCCGCUCAUUUCCAUUGCCGACCCGUCUCAAUGUCAGUCGAAAAAUCCGGUGCCGGAAAAACUGGAAUCGUCAAAAGCUUCUGCUGGAAGAAAACCGGACGGGAAUAUGGAAGCUCAGGUUGUCUCUACACUUGUGAAAACUCCCAAGCUUCAUGGCAGAAAUAAACCGGCUAAUUCAGAACCCAAUUCGGCUCAGAACACAGCGAUUAGAAGCGGGCCAAGGUUUUCCAUUGCUGGCUCUGGUUCUGGGUAUGCUCUCACAAGGUUUCCAUUUCAGUUGGGUAGUGGCGGAGGAAGGGGAGGCGCUUUACCGAGGGUUCCACGGGGGAUUUCUGCAUCGCUUCCCGAACUAUUAUCAGCUGAUGUUCCAAGUUUUGAACUUGACGACGAUCCCUCCUUUUGGAAAGACCACAAUGUGCAGGUUUUGAUUCGGAUAAGACCUUUGAACAGUACUGAGGUGGCAUCCCAAGGACACGGGAGAUGCCUGAGGCAAAAGAGUGCACAUUCAGUAGUUUGGCAGGGCCACCCGGAAACCAGAUUCACUUUUGAUCAUAUAGCUUGUGAAACUAUAUCACAGGAAAAGCUUUUCAGGGUUGCUGGAUUGCCCAUGGUGGAUAAUUGCAUGUCCGGGUACAACAGCUGCAUGUUUGCUUAUGGGCAGACAGGUAGCGGAAAGACAUACACGAUGAUGGGUGAGAUUGAUAAGAUGGAUGGAAAGCUCCACGACGAUUGUGGAAUCACUCCACGUAUUUUCGAGUAUUUAUUCACAAGGAUCAAAGAGGAAAAAGAGAGUAGGAAGCAUGAGAGAUUGGCAUAUAGCUGCAAAUGUUCCUUCCUAGAGAUAUACAAUGAGCAGAUAACGGACCUUCUUGAGCCUUCCUCAAUUAACCUUCAGAUUAGAGAAGACUCAAAGAAAGGGGUAUAUGUUGAGAACCUUACAGAGUGCAAUGUCAGAACAGUUAAUGAUGUUCUCCAUCUUUUGCAGCAGGGAGCUGCAAAUAGGAAGAUAGCUGCAACUCAUAUGAACAGUGAGAGCAGCCGAUCCCAUAGUGUCUUCACCUGCGUUGUUGAAAGCCGUUGGGAGAAAGAUUCUAUGGCCCACCUUAGAUUUGGGAGAUUGAAUUUAGUAGACUUGGCUGGUUCUGAGAGCUUUAUUAGGCAGAAGAGCUCAGGGGCCGAAGGAGAUCGCUUGAAAGAGGCUGCUAAUAUUAACAAAUCGCUAUCAACCCUUGGAUUGGUUAUAAUGUCUCUAGUUGAUUUGGCACAUGGGAAACAUCGACACGUACCUUACAGAGACUCUAGGCUAACAUUUCUUCUUCAGGAUUCUCUUGGUGGAAAUUCCAAAACAACCAUUAUUGCAAAUGUCAGCCCAUCUGUUUGCUCUGCAAAUGAGACAUUAAGCACUUUGAAGUUUGCACAGCGUGCGAAGCUUAUCCAGAAUAACGCUAAAAUAAAUGAAGAUGCUUCUGGAGGUGUAAUUGCAUUGCAGCAGCAGAUCCAACAAUUAAAGGAUCAGUUGUCAUUCUUGAUGAAGCACCAGCAAAAUUCUGAGGAUAUUACAGAUUCUAUUCCAAAAAUUGAACAAACCCCCUUCGGCCAUAUUUCUGAAAGUCAUGAUCAAAUCGAUGGAAUUAAUAUGCUUGAUGGGCAUAAGAUUCCCAAGGAAGUAGAUAUGAAGAAGCACUACUUGGGCACCACCUUGCAUGGUACUCAACAACGAGAGAAGUUGGCUGAGACAGAAGUCAGAAGACUACAAGCUGAAAUUGCGCAUUUAAAUUGCUUGGCUCACCAACAUGAAGAAGAAAUUCGUCAGUGUAAAAUGACGCUCGAAUUCCGUGAAGAAAAGAUAAAACGCCUUGAGUCACUCUUGGAUGGCUUAAUAUCAGCUGACAAAUUUUACCUGGAUGAAAAUAAUGCUUUGAGAGAGGAAAAUCUGCUACUUCAGGAGAAAAUUAAUAGGAAUCCAGAAGUCAAUCGCUUAGCAUCGGAGAAUAUAAAACUGCUAGAGCAAAUCAAACAGUUUCAAGAUUCCUAUGUCGAAGGUGAAAGAGAAGCAUUGCUUUCUGAGAUAUCAAAGUUGCGCAUUAAGUUAAUGGAAUCACUCAAAGCUGAAAAAUGCUAUGCUCACCAUCAGAUCCCACCAUUGCAUGGGAACCAGGAAACUGAUGCUGUCAAAGAGUUGAAACGAUGCAAGGAUAUGAAUUCUAAAUUAGUCAGGGAAGUUGAUGAACUACGGAAGCAAGUCACAGAGGAGAUGCACUGUAACCAAGAUAUUUAUAACUCAGUGGAUGAUAGAUUACUGAGAAGUGAUUGUUCAGAUGAAGUGCAAUCUAACAGUCUCUCAGGGAAUAACUUCAUCUAUGGCAAAGAAGAUGAGAAGAUUGAACAUCUCCAACAUAUGAAGCAUGGAAACAUCCACAAACAGCUGAUGGAACCACAAUGUUCGAUACAAACUGUGAAACUGGAGCAGUUCCAGCUAGUCAAAGAACUAGAAUCUGCUCAGUCUGAAAAUCAGCAUUUGAAAAGAAUGUUAGAAAAUAUGGAAGUUGAAAAGAGGAAACUUGAGAACCAAAAUGAGAACUAUGAAAUAUCUGGGACUUUGGCUUGGCAAACAAAGUUGGAAAAGCUGUCUGAGGAUCUCAAGGAAGCACAGACAUUUAAUAGGCGGUUAAUGGAUGAUCAUGAAACACGGGUAUCCCAGGAUCACCAAACUGAAAUGGUACGCAGUGAAGUCGAGAUGGAAACUUCAAGAACAAUCCUUCAGUUACAGGAGGAGAUAGAUAGGCUUCAGUCAGAAUUUCAAGUAUGCUUGUGCUCCAUGGCAGAACAGAAUUUAAGUCUCAGAAACACUGUGGUAGCUAAGGAGACUGAACUCUAUGAGUCUCACAUAGAAUGGGAAAGGGCAACAUUGGAGCUAACCACGUUUCUAGUGAAUGGUUCUAAAUCCUUGCGGGAUGCCUCUCGAGAAAUAAAAAAUAUUUCCUCCUCUUUUCCAAAUGUUAGUUAUUGGAUUAGUGAACAAGUUGAGCGGGCUGCUAAAAUAUGUAUCGAAAAAGAGGAAACCAUUUUGCUGCUGCAAAAGAGUUUGGAAGACGCACAAAACACUAUGCUGGAAAUGGACCAGAAAUUAUAUUGCUUGAAGGAUGCAGCUAUUGCUCUGACUGAAUCUCAGCAGCCGGUGGAUACUUCAAUCAUAGAGAAAAUUCAGCUUUCUAGUAUGUCUGAUGUCUCAACUAGAAAUAAAGAAUUUACAAAAUUUCAACCCACGACCACAAAUGGCCAGGUUACUGAUGAUCAAGAUAACAAAUAUAUCUUUUGUGAAAACAGGGUAUCUGAUAAUGCCCUGGGUAGUCCCACAGACAUUGUUGUUGGAAAUCCAACAUUAGCUUAUACCAAUACUUCUGUCGAGAAAAAAGAACAGCAUGAUGAGACCCAAUUUAGCUUAGAAGAAGCAUGCAAAAUUCUGUCUUCACUGGAAGAAUGUUUUCUUAUGAUGCAGACGGGUAUGGAGGAAUUGCUUCAGACUGCACAUACUGAUGCCAUUCAAGUUGUUAAAGAAAUACUAAGUCUCUGUGGUAGCUUCAUACCAUCCUUGGAAGCAAUAAUAUGCAAAGUAAUGCAGAGUGACAUCUGUACAUUUGUGCUACAAUGCCAAAUGGGAGAGUUCUCUCACAAAGUCAGCAGGCUAAAUUCAGUUUCCAGUUCUGAUAGACUCACACUCCAAGGACAUUUUCUAGUUGCAGAUGAUCUUGUUAUAUGUCAAGAUGAUAACUCAGGUGUCCAACCCUUGAAUUAUGAAAGUAAAGGGCAUCAAGUUAUAUCUCUGUCAAGAAAGGAAAAGUGUCUUAACCUCUCUGAUGGUGAUGGUGUCGAUAAGAACUCUGAACUCGUGAGAGAGUUGGUACGUAAAGAUGUUCUAUUGAAAGGCCUACUUUUCGAUUUCAGUCUUCUCCAAGAAUUUGCUUCCCACAGGAAGGACAUCAAGGAUGAACUUGAAAAGUUGAUUGUCGCUAUGAGCAAUGUUCAGCAUGAGUUAAAGACAAAAACGGUUCAACUUGAUGAUGCUCUCACUCAAAACACGAAGCUUGAAGGCCGCUUGUCUGAGAGCGAAAAGGAUUUAUGCAACUCAAAUUCUGAACUGAACCAGGCAAAAGAAGCCUUAAAUAUUUUGUCAGAGCAAAAUGCCGAGUUGAAAGAUCUUCUGAGAAAUCUUUAUCUGAAAAACUCAGAAGCAGAGCAGCUGCUAGGGGAUCAACAAGAAGCUAUCAGAAGCUUAGAGAGAGAAAUUCUGCGGGCGUCUUCAUCAAGGGAGAGACAAAUGGGAUCUCCAGUGGACAAUGUUGAGGAUGCUUUAGCAGAGGUGGUGGCAGAAAGAGACCAACUUGUUGAGAAGCUCACUUCUUUGCAAGAUAAACUUGAUUUUGCGUGUGCUCUAGCUGAUGAGAACCAAGCUAUAGCUGUAGAAGCCCGUCAGGAGUCAGAGAGCAGUAAAAUGUAUGCUGAACAAAAAGAAGAGGAGGUCAAAAUUUUAGAACGGUCAAUCGAGGAGCUUGAGAGCACCAUAAACGUACUGGAGAAGAAAGUGCAUGAAAUGGAAGAAGAGGUAGAGAACCAUGGGUUGAUAAGGGAUUCAUUAGAGCUGGAACUUCAAUCACUUAGACGUAGAUUAUUUACUAUUGAGGACUUCACUGAAAGUAUGACUUCUGAAAGCUCAAGCACAGCACUGCCUGAACAUCUCUCCAGAUCUAUGGAAAAUAAUGAUGCUCACAUCCGAGUAAGAUUCCUUGAAGAGGAAAACGGAAAACAAGCUAAGGAGAUAAGACAAUUCAAAGAUUAUAUUUCUGAACUUGUUUUGCAUGCUGAAGCUCAAGCAUCACAGUAUCAACAAAAGUACAAGACCUUGGAAGCAAUGCUUCACGAAGUUAAAACAGAUACAUCAAAUUUAUCUAGUGGGGCAACCUUAGACAGGUCUGUUAAAGAGUCAGCAAGGACAAGAGGUUCAAGUUCACCCUUCAGAUGCAUUUCUGGUCUGGUCCAUCAAAUGAAUCAAGAGAAGGAUCAUGAAUUAUCAAGUGCUAAACUUCGUAUAGAAGAGCUUGAGGCACUUGCAGCCAGCAGAUAUAAAGAGGUGUGCAUGCUAAACACUAGACUUGCCGCUGCUGAAAGCAUGACACACGAUGUCAUUCGUGAUUUACUCAGUGUUAAAUUGGAUAUCUCGAAUUACACUAAUAUUGUUGACCAUCAUCAACUCCAGAAGUUAAUUGAGGAGGCUCAACAUCAUAAACAACAUUUUGCUUCAAUGGAACAAGAAAUUCUUUACCUGAGGAGUCAAGUUGAGGAUUUACUCGAACAAAGAGAAAGAUGCAUUACCGAAAUAGACAGAAACAAAUCAGACCAACUUGCCACUCGGAUUGCUUUAGAACAGUUUCAAGAGCGAGACCAGCUGUUGAGUGCACAAAAUGAUAUGCUCAAGAUAGACAAACAUAAUCUACAAAUGCGGGUUGCUGAGCUAGAUGACAUGGUGAAAAAGCUACUGAGCGUGCAGGAAUUAAAGCCCCGUAAUCAGCACCAAAAGAACAGCUCGACAAGGCCAUUUGACUACGGUCUUGGUUUGAGGUUGGCCCAACCACAAUCGAGAGUCAAUAAUCAGCUGACUCAGCACCGUAGACCUGAUGGCAACUGCUCGAAUGAGGGAGGGAAUUGCCAUGGAAAUAGAAUCCGUAAACAGAAUCAUUUGCAAUGAAGAGUGAGGAAACAACAGGAAUCUCACUGAUAUCAUACCAAGAUUGCAGUAGAUACAUUUGUUGAGUUGAUUGAAAGGUAAAUGUGAACUUUCUUGAUUUCAUAUGUCUGUCUUAUCUAUCUAUAUAUAUUGUUGGGUUGUGGAAGGGGAUUUUAAAAUCACGUGUUCUUGUAAAUUUCUUGUGUGAUGGAUGCUGUUUGUAAUUAUAGUAAUAAUGCCUGCUGUGUGUUGGUUCUGAUUCGAAAUUCAGUUGAUGUAUAGCUAAAGAGCUUAGCAUUCUCAUACUUAUUUCAUCAUUUC